AUCAAGGAAAAAGUGAAUGUCAGCUUCCAUUUUUUUUGGAUAAUAAAUAAAGCAAUGAGGUCAGGCCACGUGUAAUACAAUCUUAUCCAUAAUCAACACACGGUCAAUUCAUUCAUUUACAAGUUGGUACCAGCCAGCCAGCCAGCCAACCAACCUUUCUAACCAAGUGAUUAUGACCCGAUCAUUAACUCCUGCAGCAGCUGCUGCUGUUGCAACCAUCACUCCUCCUCCAUCUCAUAAGAUUCUGGCCACCCACCGGAAUGUAUCGCUUCUUCUUCGCAGGGAUGUCUUGGUUGGUACAGCGUUUGGGCUGACCAUUAAUGUCGUCGGUGAUAAGAAUGCUGAAGCGGCAGCAAGGCGGCCCCCACCGCCUCCCCCAACAGAGAAAGAGAAAAAAGACCCGAAUGUAAGCGGUGUACUGGCAAAGGUGUUAGCUAGCAAGAAGAGGAAGGAGGCGAUGAAAGAGAGCAUUGCCAAGCUGAGAGAAAAAGGGAAGGCCAUCAAUGAGCCAUCACCAGCGCCAGAGUAACCAACUAUAUGUUACUUUAAUGUUGUUGUAACGAAUUCAUUCACCUUGCUUGACUUCUAGUUCAUGAUCUAUUGUUUUGUAAUAUGAGCCUCUCUUGUUUUGACACGUUCAUUUUGAAAGUAAGACUC